UCGAGUUCGCGGCGGGGAUGCGGGUGCUCUGAAUGCGCAUUCAUCGCGCGCGGUCGCUGCGGGGCUCGAGGCGGAGGGCGGCUGGGUCACCGUCGCGUCCCGUCGGUCGCGCCGGCCGGCUUUUCCUGCAGCGCCAUUCAAGCCACGCCAACCCAUCCCGGACUGGAUUAAAGGGUUGUGCUUCCGUUGCCUCUCCCCUCACCAUCGACAAGUGAGCUGCUGCAACCAAAUCACUUGCCGCCGCUGCUUCCAACCCGGCCACCGCGCGCGUCUCUGCUUCAACAAGCCUGCUCCGCACCUCCGCCCGGGCGCCUCCAGCUCGUGUCUCGGCCGUCCCUCUGCUUCCAGAGCGCGCGCCAGCCGCCCCUCUCCUCCGCGUGCAACGCCUGCGGCCUCUGUGCACCCCUCGUCGUCAACCCCCCAAGCCCCUUUCCGCUCCAUGGCAUGGAACGGAGAUCACUCCAUGCGGCCGGCCGAGGUGUUUACCGUGAUCCACGCGACGCCGGCCAUGCAUCAGGGGCCGCGCUCUUGGGCUCCAACGCGGUGGUGGCUUGGCUCGACUGCGACAUCAGGGCAUCCACGCAAGACAUCGCUGCUUCCAUCAUCGCGGAGAUGGGCAUGCUGCCGGACGACGUGUGCGUCGUCAAGCACUUCCCGGAGGCCUUCCUGGUGCGCUUCUUCGACCAGCACCAUUGCGCCGACGCGGCUGGGCGUCGGGACCUGAAGUUUCGCGACACUAGGCUGCAGAUGCGCCCCUGGCGCCUCGAUGCGCACUCGGUGAACGUGGACCUCAUCCACCACGUCCGGCUCUGCCUGGACGGGCUCCCGCUGCAGGCGUGGGAUGACUACGCCGUCGCGCAGGCUAUCGGGCCGGGGUGCUCCAUCGACUACAUCGAGACCGCGUCUAAGCUCAAGACGGACGCUGAGGUCCUGGGAGUCUGGGCAUGGACGGCAUCGCCGGCGAAUGUGCCGCGCGUAAACUGGGUGACCCUGCCGGCGCGCGCCGGAGGCCAGCCAAUUGUCGGUCGCCGUGGCUUGGAGCGAAGGGUGAUUAUUCACCUCUCCAUCCAUGAGGACCCCACGCAAGGGCCCAAGAUCGUCUCCACGGGGUACUCCUUCCAGAAGGGUGUCAUCGACGGCGAGAGGCAGACGCGCGACCCUCGGGAGCGCAUCUCGCGCCCUGUCGAGUACCGCAGGCGCGACCACGACGACGACCCUGGCCGUGGCCGUGACGAUAGGGACCGCCGCGGGCGCGACGGCUCGCGGUGCCGGGAGGGCUGGGGCGACCGCAUCAGGAGAAGCCUCUCACGUCAUCCGAGGGACGCGUCCCGCGACAACCGCCGCCGCGAUGAGGGGCGUGAUGACCGCCGUGACGGUGGAGGCCGUCGUCGUGCCGUGGAGCCUGCUGCUAUUGCUGCGCCACCGGUGGGUCUGCUGGGCUCCGGCUCUGCCAGUGGGGAAGCUGCCCGUGUCCUUGAGCUGCACCCUGUGCAGGCCCCUCCCCUGCCGUCUGCUAGACGUGGCCGCAGCCCGGCUCGCCAGCUCUCGCCUCGCUCAGCGCGGUGCCGUUCCCAGGAUGCCCGCACGCCACCUGCCUCUCCUCCACUGUCGCCAACAACGGUUCUUCCGCCAUCGCCCCGGUCCAAAAGAAGUGAAGGUCGCCCCUCUCCGCUCUCGCAAGCUCGGCCAAGCCAUGUGCUGCUCCAGCUCUGUGCGCCGGACUCCCUUCUGGUGCCGCUGCUCUCUCCCGCCAAGCCACCUGGCUUCGAGUGUUCCCCAACGCCUCCGCUUGUUUCCAGCGGCCCUGUGCGGUGCACGCCCUCGCCGGUGCGGCUGCAAAGGAAGGCUGCGGGGGGCGGGGCCGUGGGCUUGCAGUGCCUUGCGCCCCUCUUUGAAGAACGCCAGGAGGCUCUCCUGCCAACCCCUGCUCCAAGUCUGCCGAGGGCGCCGGUGGCCCGUCGGAAGACCAUGGCUGGAAUCAACAUUACCAAGACCGACGGUGGGUUUUCCAUCAGCAAGCCAAAGGCUGGUGCUCGCCCCAAGCCGACUCCUGUGGCCAGGGCUGCCGAGCUCCUAGUGUGCCGCAGCUUGGGUAUCGUCAAAGACGGAGAAGACGUCACUGUUGCUGCGUUGGAUGCAUUUGCAGAUCGCUUCAAGGAUCAGCUAUCGCCGGAUGUGAUCGUGGCCAUGCGUGGGCUGUUCAAGCUUGAUGACAGCAGCGCGACGGAUGUCGAGGAGGCCCUCAUAGCACACGGAGGGGGAUGUGCCCAUGACCUGGAGCAGAAUGACACCAGCGCCGCGGCGCAGCAGGAGGCUAGCUGAGCCAUCGCAGCUUCUGCUCAACCUGGGGUCAUCAGUUUCCUAUGUUAGCAAAAAUUCCGGAUUCUGUAGGCGUUCGGUCCACGUGUAAGGGUGCUACCUGUACUGCAAGCAAGCUUUGUCGUCGGCCUUUGGCCUUGUAAUCGUUGGGAUGCUCCCAAUCGCUCCUUUGAAGGGCCACGUUCUGUGGUUAUGCCUUGCAUGGCAUGUGGUGCGCUUCC